AUGUCCGAAAGCAAAGAGGCAGCGGAGACUAGUCAACCUGUUGUCACCACGGAUUCCUCAAAUAUCAUCAAAGUGACUGUGAAGACCCUCAAGAAGAAGGAGCAGUUUGAGGUUGCUCAGAGCAGCACCAUCCAGGAGUUUAAGGAAGAAGUUGCCAAGCGUUUCAAAGUUCCCCCUGAUCUUCUGGUCCUGGUAUUUGCUGGGAAAGUCCUCAAGGAUCAAGACACUUUGAGCCAGCACGGAGUUCGCAGUGGGGUCAGCAUCCACGCAGUCAUCAGGUCCCAAAAGAGACCACAGGAUGGCCCGGCAGAUCAAGGAAGAGCGACCACCCCGACGCGACCUCCCAGCCUGGAUCUGAACACCAUCAACAACAACGCAUUUUUGGUAGGGUUCCUCCUUGGGGUCACAAGUGUACAUCUCCUAGGCCUGGACUCAACAGACCUGUUGGACUUGGUGAGUGGCAUUCAAGAACAAGAUGCAUCCAUGCACAGCUUGAUGGGCGAGAUGGUGCAGAGCACCUUUCUGCAGAACAACGAUGACGAUGCCCACCUUGUCAGGGAUCUCAUCAUGUCCAACCCUCAGCUGCGGCAGCUGGCUGAAGACAAUCCCGAGAUCGGUCAGAUUCUCACUGACCCACAUACUAUCAGAGAAAUAUUAGAGGCCUCCUCCAGAAGUCCUGCUGUAAUGCAAGAGAUGAUGAGGAACCGCGACGUGGCCAUGAAAAGGCUCGAAAGCAUCCCCGGUGGGUACAGAGCUCUGGAGCAGUGCUAUAGGGAAAUUGAGGAGCCCAUGUUGGAAGCUCUGCAGGCACAGCUGGGCAACAACCCCUUUGCUUCCUCAGACAGUGACCCACCCCCGAGUGGAGCCAGGCUACCAGCCCGUACUGAAAACCGGAGGCCUUUACCCAACCCUUGGGCUCCGCGGUCCCACAGAGUCAGGGAUAACGCAGAUGACUCUGAUGGCCAACUGGCCAGCAGCAGCGCAGGCAACAGUUUUGCCUUGCUGAGUUUGGGUCUUGCAGCAGGCGCAGUGGUACCCAACUCAGGUAGCAGCUAA